ACCCGGCUCAUGGAAUCGGCAAACAUGGGCCAGCCCAGCAGCAGACGUGUCUGUAGCUCGGAGCCCCCAGCUGUCGCUCAGCUGCACAACUUCCCAGCAUCCCCCCCGACUGCAUUUACUCCGGAACUUUUAGCGAAACACAAGAAGCAAAGCAACAUCUGCUUUAGAUCUGCUUUAGACCUGCCAGAACCAUUCCAGUAGUUUGUCAGGGAAUGCUGGGAGUUGUAGUCUAACAGCUGGAUAUAGAAAAGGACACAUAUCCCCAGCGCAUCGCCUUCCGCACAGAGCUCCCAGGAUCCCCAGUGGAGCGGUGUGUAGCGGCGUGUCACUGAGCCACAGGCUGCUCCUCCCAGCUGCAUUCCUGGGACUUGCUCAGGCUUCCCCGCUAAGCCUCCAACAUGGAGCCGCUUUCUCCCUACCCCUUAAAGUACUCUUCCCCCAAAGCCAAAGUCUUCCUCGUCUUCCUCUCCAUGGUUCUGUGUACUGGGCUAGUCUGUGUCCUGCAGCUCAAGUUCCUCAGGGCCAAAGGGGGAGACUUCUACUCGUACGAGGUGACGGAUGCCAAAGGCAGGACUGUGGCCCUAUCUAAAUACAGGGGCAAAGCGUCUCUGGUUGUCAACGUGGCCAGUUCCUGCCCGCACUCGGAGACAAACUACAGAUCUCUGCAGGAGCUGCACAGGGAGUUUGGCCCUUACCAUUUUACGGUUUUAGCUUUCCCUUGCAAUCAGUUUGGGGAGUCAGAGCCCGGCUCUAACCGGGAAAUAGAGGCUUUGGCCAAAAGGAAUUAUGGAGUGACUUUCCCCAUGUUCAGCAAAAUAAAAAUCCUCGGCCCGGAAGCAGAGCCGGCCUAUAAGUUCCUUGUUGAUUCAACGAAAACAAAACCGCGAUGGAAUUUCUGGAAAUAUCUGGUUAACCCUGAAGGCCAAGUUGUUAAAUACUGGAGGCCUGAUGAGACUGCGGAGAUCAUCCGGCCUGAAGUGGCCUCAUUAGUCAGGCAAAUAAUUAUGAAGAAGAAAGAAGACCUUUGAAAUAAUGUGUGGCCAUUGGUGCUGGACUAUUCUUAGCAAGAAAAUUGUACUUUUCUCAGUUCUCGGAUCCCCCCGAUAUUUUUGUAUCUCUUUGGGUUCAAUUGUGGUUAUUUUGUACUAUUUGAAAAUCCUUGUCAACUAAACAAUUUCAGUGUUUGUGUACCAGUGACAUUACAUUAACUCGACUUCAUGAUAUCUGUGGCAGGGGAUGGCUUUUUAAAGUAUCUUAUUUUAAAACAUGUGGCAAGAAAAUGUUCUAAAGAUGGGAAAAACACAACCUUUUUACUUUUCAUGGGACUGGUGUAUCUUUCCCAUGUAGAGCAGCUCUCUUUAACGUGAGAUACCUGUGCCCUGCCCACUGAUUGUGCUUGGUGUGUCAUUGUCAUGGUGUAGGCACCAAUAAGCUGUUGAGGCAGUUGAGUAAGGGGUAGUAUAUCUUACAUUUUUUAGGAUUGCUGCCCUGUUGCAAGAGUAAAUUCCCUUGUCAUAUAACUACAGUGUGUUCCCAGUAUCGCCUACUGCAGAGCCCCUAUUUUUCAUAGAAGACUGCAUAUACCAUGGAAUACACAAAUAAGUAAAUCUCAAAAUUAUAUACAGGUUUGGGACCUGUUAUCCAGAAUGCUCGGAAUCUGGGGAUUUCCAGAUAAGGGGUAUUUCCAUAAUAUAAACAUAACUUAACAUUAGGAAAACCCAAUAGAAUUGUUUUGCUUUCAGUAAUGAUUAAUUAUGCCUUAGUAAAAGCUACUGUUUUAUUAUUGCAGAGAAAAAGGAAAACAUUUUUUAGAAUUUAAAUUAUCUGAUUAAAAUGUGUCUAUGGGAGAUGGCUUUCCUGUAAUGUAGAGCUUUCUGGAUUAUGUUAUUUUGGAUAACAGAUCCCAUACCUGUACUAAACGUCUGGAGAUGUGUGUAAAAACCUGCAUCACCCUGCUUCUUCCCAAGCAGCAUCACUAACUAGUACUACAUAGACUAGCCAGUUAGCACAUCUAGUAAUAGGGUAAGGCAAAGUUAAUUUCCAAGCUUAGAAUUCUUUUCUGUCUUGCAAGGACUCUGUACCACCUGUUUGUUUCAAAACUUUUAUGCAUCUCAUGAUUCUGAUAUUGGCUUUGAUUGUUAGGCACACUGCUGGGCCCCAGGACUCACAGUCCAACACAUCUUGGGCUCAGUUAGUAAACGUGGAGCCUGAGAAGAUGGUGCAAGCACAGCUUGAGUAAAGCUUGUGUGCUCUGUUUGAAUGUUAUCUUAUCCCAGCAUUCUGUAAUACAUAUCAUUGAGUACAUGGUAAAAAAAAGAGCAAUCAGAGACGAAUUAGGGAAUGCAAACCAGUUCAUACAAAACUAUUACUUGAACAGAAAUUCAUUUUACUUUACUUACAAUGUAUAUAUAACACAAUUUGCCAGCUUGGCAGUUAUCUACCUUUUAUAUUUUAACAGAUCAGGUUAGUGUAUGGUUCCCCCAGUUAAAGCAUCUUGAUCACUAGCUCUAAUUUAUUUAUACACCUUUAUUCAGCUUCAUAAUUUACUUUUUGUGAACUGGUAACCACUCUUUGUUCAAUAUUACCCACAGAGUCAAUCCCACUUCAACACAAUACAGAAAUAUGCUAGGUUUAUGUAAUUCAGAUUGACACUACUUACAAUAAAAGUGUUAUCCUGCAAUCACUUUAGGGUCCUUGUGCAAGGUUUCAAUAUAUUUCAAUACAAGACUGUAUAAGCAGCAGGUAAGCAAGACUGUGUAAGCAGCAGGUAGUUUUUAUACCACAAAUGCACAAGUUGAAGAGUUAAGUAAGACUCUCUACACAUCUGCAAUAUAACAAAAGGUAUUCCACCUUUUUGGUACUAUUAGAUCUUACACAAAGGCAUGGUACAUGAAAAGAACAACCAAAGAAGAAGAUGCAGUGUUUACUAUAGCAACCCUAAUAUCUCAUACCCCUUUUCCAGUGAAAAAGCCAAAUAAAGCACUGUGAUUCACCCUGA